AUGACGGAUCUUGCGGGCAGUUCCCCUCCAAACAGUCCCUUUGACAUUCAACUUGAGUCCAAAGGCAACAAUCCUCCAGUUUCCCAAUCACUGCGGCCGUAUCUUCAAUGUGUCCGUUCUUCUCUGACCGCCGCUCUUUCUCUCUCCAACUUCGCUUCACAAGCCUCAGAAAGACACAAUGUCCCCGAGAUCGAAGCAGCCAGUUCGCCCGAAGUCCUGUUAAACCCUCUGACGAUUGCCCGCAAUGAGAACGAGAAAGUCCUGAUAGAACCCAGCGUCAACAGUGUGCGAGUGAGCAUCAGAAUAAAGCAGGCCGACGAGAUUGAGAAUAUUCUGGUCCAUAAGUUCACACGUUUCCUUACUCAGCGUGCCGAAUCCUUCUUCAUUCUACGACGGAAGCCAGUCAAGGGUUACGAUAUCUCGUUCUUGAUCACGAACACGCAUACGGAAGAAAUGCUCAAGCAUAAGUUGGUGGAUUUCAUUAUCCAAUUCAUGGAGGAAGUCGACAAAGAAAUUUCAGAGAUGAAGCUCUUCCUAAACGCCCGUGCUCGCUUUGUGGCUGAAUCAUUCUUGACUCCGCGCAAGAGCGCGGAUCGUGCUCAAGUGGUCGUGUUGGCGGGUCUCAUUGCAAGGACAGCCAUUCUGGCUGAGCCCACAAGGCUGCAGAUGGACCACGACCCCUGA